AUGAUGAUUCUUGUUGGUCUCGUCUUAACCGUAUUAUUCGCAUUCGUUUUAUAUAAAACAACUUGCAAAUUUAACUACUGGAAACUGAGAGGUGUACCCUUUCUCCCACCAAUUCCAUUCUUCGGCAACUAUAAAGAUUACAUAAUCCUUAAUAAUACAAUAACACACGUUGUGAACAAGAUCUGUGACAGGUUUCGUGAAGAACCAUAUAUCGGUGCAUUUUAUGGACCGGAGCCGACGUUAAUUGUGAAAGAUCCGGAGCACAUCAAACUUGUGCUAGCAAAGGACUUUUAUUAUUUUAACAGCCGAGAAAAUGGCGAUUAUGCAACCAAAGAAAUCAUAACAGGAGGCUUGUUCUUAUCAGGCGGUGAUCGGUGGAAGGUUGUAAGGCAGCAUUUGACGCCAUUCUUUUCGUCCGCGAAAAUGAAGAAAAUGUUCUACUUGGUAGAAGAAUGCACGGCCGGGCUGGAAAAAUUGAUUGAAGAUUCGCUUCAGAUGCCCAAAGCAGGAGUACGGUCGAUGAUGGCUAGGUUUACAAUAGACUGCAUUGGAUCGUGUGCUUUUGGCGUUAAUAUAAAUGCAACCUCUUGCGAAGAGCAAGAAAACCCAUUCUGUGUAAUCGGACGUAAGAUCUUUGAACCUUCCACCGCUAGAGGUCUAAAGUUAAUUGGAAGAGCUGUGUGGCCGGAUUUAUUCUAUAAACUGGGCUUCCAAGCAUUCCCCUCAGACCUCACCGAUUUCUUCGAAAACCUUCUGAAAAGAGUUUUCCAUGAGCGAGGAUACAAACAUUGUGGCCGACAUGACUUCGUGGAUCUUGUACUAGGUUUUAAGGAAAGCAAGUACAUUACGGGAGACAGUAUAACAUCCUUAAAGGGAGAAUUUAAAAAGACGAGUAUCGAGGUAAACGACUCCUUCCUCAGUGCGCAAUGCGUCGUAUUAUUUGGAGCCGCCUUUGAAACAACUGCGACAACACUGACUUUUCUUUUGUAUGAACUUGCGAAGAAUCCAGACAAACAAAAGCGGGCAAUAGAGGAAGUGGAUCUGUAUUUCAAAAACCAUGAUCGGAUAGAGUACGAAUGUGUCUAUGAAACGCCGUAUUUAGAUGCUUGCGUGUGUGAAACUCUCAGGAUUUAUCCAGUUCUUGGGGUAGUGACAAGAGAAGUGGUAGAAGAUUACACUCUUCCAUCGGGUGUUCCCCUAACCAAGGGUGUGCGCGUCCAUAUACCAGUUCACCACUUGCACCACAAUCCCGAAUACUUUUCGGAACCGGAUGUGUUUAGACCAGAAAGAUUUUUAGGCGCCGAAAAGGGACGAAUAAAACCAUUUACAUAUAUGCCAUUCGGAGAAGGUCCAAGGACAUGUAUAGGUCUGAGAUUUGCUAAAAUGCAGUCAAUUGCUGGUCUAUUGACGUUGCUGAGAAAGUGUCAAGUGGAGUUAGUUCAGGAGACGCCCACGGAAAUCCAAUUCGAGCCACGGGUAAUAACCACCCAACCGGUGGCGGAGAUUUAUUUGAAAUUUACUCCAAGAUUAGACAAUUAA